ACUACCAUCACCGCGGCGCCAUCUCGAUGUAACUUGGUCAACUUGAAAGCAGCGCUUGGGAAACGGACGGAUGGAACUCAGGAUGGCAUCUAUGGAUAAACCUUUUAUAUCCGAUUUCUACAAAGAAAAGGACAUUUUUAUAACCGGGGCAACAGGAUUUAUGGGAAAGGUGCUGCUCGAAAAGCUACUCCGGUCAUGUGGCGGUCUGCGCCGAAUAUUUGUCCUGAUGCGUGCCAAAGGAGGAGCGUCACCCCAAGCCCGUAUUGAUGAAUUGCUCGGUUCAGAAAUCUUCCAAGCGCUGCGCUGUUCGGACCCGCACUUUGCGCGCGGCAAGGUUAUCGCCGUGGAAGGGGACCUGACCCUGCCGGAGCUGGGUCUCAGCGCCGAACACCGCAGGGCGUUGCUGGACAACGUCGACAUCGUCUUCCAUUCGGCUGCCAUCGUCAAAUUCGACGAACCGCUCAAGAGUUCCAUUGACAUGAAUGUUCUGGGCACAAGGAGACUGUUACAGCUGUGUCAAGGCAUGAGCAAGCUAAAGGCCUUGGUGCACGUGUCGACGGCGUACUGCAACUGCGACAAGGAGGAGGUGGCAGAGGUCAUAUACCCGCCGCCUUUCGACCCGCAGAACGUCAUCGACGCCGUCAGCUGGAUGGAUGACCCACUGGUGGAGGCGAUCACGCCCAAAUUGCUGGGCAGUCGACCCAACAUGUACACCUUCACCAAAGCCCUCGCCGAGAGCCUGGUGGCCGACGAGAGGGGAUCCCUGCCUGUGGCCAUUGUCAGACCCUCCAUCGUCACAGCCGCAUGGCAGGAACCUAUACCGGGGUGGAUUGACAACAUCAAUGGACCCACGGGCCUUCUUGUUGCAUCUGGUAAAGGACUCCUUCGAUCUAUGGUGGCGGACACGGACAAAGCAGCCGACUUCGUGCCCGUAGACGUGGUCAUCAACACCAUGAUCAUGGUCGCUUGGCACACCGCAAUGCACAGGCCGGACAAGGUCGCCGUGUACCACGUGGCGUCGGGAACCCUGCGCAAGCUGACGUGGGGCGACAUCGAGACAAUCGCGUACCCGCUGCUGCUGUGGCACCCGAUGCCGCAUGCCGUGCGACACCCGGGCGGCAGCUUCAAGAAAAGCCGCUUUUUCAACGCGCUUUCUAUGUUCUUCGAGCACCGCUGUCCCGCAGUGCUCUUCGACGCCUACCUGUGGCUCUCCGGAAGGAAGCCCAAGAUGCUACGCCUGUUCAACAAGCUGUACAAGGUGAUGGUCUCGCUCGAGUACUUCACCACUCACGAGUGGCGUUUCCACUGCGGGAACCUUCUGGCUCUCCUGCAGGAAGUCUCACCCGCCGAUCGAAAGACGUUCUGCGCGGAUCUUCGACUGCUGGAUUGGGGUAACUACUUCAAGGACUACGUGGUGGGCACCCGCAAGUUCGUGCUCAAGGAGGACCCUUCCACCGUGCCGGAAGGCCGAAACGCGCUGCGAAGGCUGUACAUCUACCAGCAGCUGCUGUACGCCGCGCUGAUCGCGCUCGCCUGGCGGCUCAUCAUGCUCAAGUCAAAGUCGGCGUGUCGCCUCUGGCACGGUCUCGUCUCCCUCUUCCUGCCCCUGCUGAGCCUCGUGUCGUCCGCCUUCGGACUGCCGUACCCGGAGGACGCGUCGCCACACUCCGCGACUUCUCCUACCGGCGGCAGGCCGUAGAAAGCGAGCCUGGCUUUAAUUUCGUCAGUCGUGGAGUGUCCAGUUGUCUGCAGAACUAAUAUGAACGCGCUCCUUCCUAAGUUCGUGCUUGGAUUUGUGGGACCCCAGAACCAAGGGUUGGCUCUAAGGCGGGCAUAGUGUUAUCGUUGGGUACAGAGGAAGAUGGAGGGAACGCUUUAGUCACGGUUGAGGACAUUGAGGAAGAAAAGAACGUAGAAGGAGGCGUCGCGUGACAGUUUUUAAGCCUAGACAUAAAAAUAAAGAAAAAAAAUCACGAGGGAAAAGCCCUCUCCACGCCAUCGGUAAACGGCAGCUGCUCAUAAUGCCGAGCUGACUUGGACAAUGGCGGAGAGCCGAUCACGACGCGUGGCUUCCUAAAAGUUGUGACAGACCAAACACUGCCCUGAAACGCUCGCUAACCUUUUUCACGGCCCAUUUUCAAAGUGUCAACGCGCCGAUUGGUCCCGAUGGGAAGGAAAAUAGGGAGAAACGGCGUCAGAGGGGGUUGGCUUGCCGAGGUUGGCACCCGACGUCAUGCUCCCUGCUAGUUUCUCUCUCUCAUCCCCGUUUCAUGGCGGGGGCUUCGUGGCCGCGACUUCGUUACAUGUGCUUCCCACGUUGGGCACCAGUUUAAGGAAGCGCAGCUUCCGUCACCACGGUCAGUAGGCUCCAGCUGUGCCGAGAGCUUUCUAAUUCUUCCUCUACCAAAUAUGUUUCAUCAUUUUCUUCUAGUUUCAAAUUAUUUAUUCCUCAUUUUUCUAGUCAUUAUUUCAUUGAGCACGGCUCAUGGCGCUGAGUCGGCAGUAUCCCCGCAAGAUUAAUUGUGAUAGUCACGCACAUUUCUAGUCAUACCGCAUUUUUAUAUUUGGUACGAGGAACCGCUGUAUCAUGAAUGCUAGAAUGUUAAGAGGAAGGUGGCGCACUAUACUGUGCAAUGCCAGAGAUCUGCGCGCUUUUACUUCGCGAAACCCCGCCCUAAACACUACAAUUUAGCGGCACAUUGUCAUUACUUCCCUAUUCGCACCCAAAUAUAUCGGCGUAUUGUUCCUCAGUUCAGGUCAAAUAAGCUGUAUAAUUUGUAUGCGUUCGACUUCGAACCAAAGCCACCAACGCUUAUCUGUAACGAACUGUACAUGCUGCAUAAUAUUUUUCGAAGCGUAACCUCUCGUGUUCGGGUAAUGUCUAUGUCGUCUACGGCUCUACUUUCCGUGGGCAGAUGCAAUUAACUUAUAUAUGUGUACGCAAACAGAGCACAAUUGUUAGUUUUUCUGAGUGUCCUGUGUUCAGAUGUUCAAAAUACGAGCGUUACCAGGGGUGUCAGAGUUGUUUCACAGGAGCCAGUUCCUCUUCGCUGCAGCCCUUCCGUCUCCGUGACAACACACCCCGUGCCUGUCACCUUUCACCUACCUAGAACUUUAUGCAAAAACGAUCUACCGAUUGCUCUUAUUACUGCAACAAAAAAGGUGACGUAAUGCGUGGCCAGAAAGUCAGAACAAACUUCGGAGACUUUUAUUGCAAUGGAACGGAUUUAUAAAAUAUAUUAAGAAACUGAACAAAAGCCUGGCUUAUCUGCAAUACUUUUAAAGGCUUCACUGCGGAGCUUCAAGGAUCCGUUCAUGAUUUAACCCUAAAGGCAUGUUUCCUGCAGGCAAAACAGUGCGAGCUGCGAGCGCAUCGAUCAAAAUCCGACCAACAUGGCAUCGACAGCUUCUAAGUGUUUGUUGGCCUUAGUGUGGUACUUUAAAGCUACAUAUUUUUUUUUUCCCAUAAAACAUGACACGCGAACGCAGUGAAGCCCAACCGCAGUGAAGCCAAAACCCCCAGAAAGAGGGUUGACCCAAAGUUCAGGUGCGGACUAAGAAAUCGGCACUCACUCGACCUUUGAGAAUACAAUAAACGUACAGUUACAGUAUACUCGAUGAUGUAUUAUUAACGAUGUAAUGUAUACGCGAUGUACUAUUAACGAUGUAAUGUUCAACUUGAUUUGGGUAUAAAUGACAUGCCGCUUGCCACAAUGGGGAAGAAAGGACGCAGUACUGGGGAGUUUUUAUUUAUUUUUACUGACCCUUAUCUGCGUUAUGGAAGACGUGUUGAAAACUACACAUCCAGAACUGCAUCUCAGUAGUGCAACGGUUGUGAGCAUUCGUUGAACACUUGCUGCGUAACCAGCUUGUAUUCUCCAUAAAUAACAAUGUUCGAACAAAGAAUGUCGCUGGAGCCACUUGUUCCUUCCUUGUUCCUUGUUCGGUCACUGUUAUUAACUGCAAGCGCCCAUCAUCCUGUGAUUCUGUACUGUUCGUGUUGUUAAGGUUUGUUCCUAUUCUGCUUUUGUCUCCGAUGUAACGUUUCCCCGAUAGUUACAUUAAAUAUGCGGGGCCACAUUGUCGAACAAAUAUUUUUUAAAAAUUACGACAAUCCUAACAGUGCAAGAUGUGACACGCAUGUAUUGAGUAUACAAUACACCUCACAAUAUUUAUCGGGCGUAUUACGUUUUAACUAGUUCUUGGAGUGUCAAUUACUCUGUAUCAAUAACGACCGUGCUUUUUUUUAGACUUUGUGAUCGACAACUGACGUUAUGCUUUGAACGCGAUAUUCUCGUCUCAAUAUUAGGAAAAGCAUCGCACAUGGUAAUAGCGCCAGCAAUAGAAAUCUGGGAAAUUGCUUCUUUUUGUUUAGUUGUUUGUUUGUUUUUGCGCGCACAAAAAUAUCACCGGUCGCAAGAAGAAAAAAAAAGGGGGGGGGGGAAACUUCCAGACACCUUCGAUUUCUGAGGCUGCACUUGAGAGGCAGACUGCUAUAACGGAAGCCCGUGAACAGGAAAACUUACAGCUUGGAAAAUUAGCACGCAUUAGUCUAAGCAGCCAAGUGCCAACAGACAGACACAGCUAAAUCAUAGACAAAUGGCAUAGUCGCAUAUUUUCAAGCCUAACCUUCCAUCUUUUCGUCGCGAAAAGAAAUUGAUUUCCUGGAAGGACACACACUGAAUUUUGUUCUUUUCUUCUCUUUUUGGCUCUCUCUGUGGCGUUCCUGUGUAUUGUUUUGCGGUGUGGGUAGUAUUGCACAAUUGCAGGUAAUAUUUUAUUAUAGAUAUGUGUGCACUUUGUUUAUUAAAAGCUUAAUGUUAGAAGAAGCUUUGGUGUUCAUCUUUUUUCUCCAUCUCCUUGACAUAAGAAUGGGCUUAUAUAGUGUGUGGCUUAUUACUGAGAGAGUCUUCUCGGAAAUGUUACCAACAAUGUUUAUUCGUACGGACAAUGCAACGACCUCCGUUUUUGUCAUC